AUGUUUAUGCAAAACCCUGCCCCACAAUUCCAAUUCCAAUACAAAUCGAAGAGAGCCCAAGAGUUCGAAGAAGGUCUGAACCGCUUACGCAAAGAGUACGCUACAGCCCCUAUUGAGAGAAAGUUGUUCCCGGACCCAAAAAUAUAA